UUAAAGACACAACACACAUUCACAGCUGACCUAGUCUUCCCGCACCUACAGAUACUCUUCACUUUCACCUACAAUAGCUACCUGUGAAUAUCCUCCACAGGCGACUGUUACGAACCCCCCCUUCUCCGUACGCGUGCUGCUUAAAGAUGGCUGAUUCUCUGACCGAAGAGCAAGUCUCCGAAUUCAAGGAGGCAUUCUCCCUCUUUGACAAGGACGGCGAUGGUGAGUUGCCAAAGGAAGCGUGUCAUUCCAGGACGAUGUCUCAUGUCCUCCCUUACUCGCUACAUCGGUUCAGCUGUGCCAGAUUUCGCACCUGUUCCCGCUUUACCUUGCGCGAAACCCUGCACGUCAUCUUCAACAAGGACCAGUCGCUACCGGACGUAGCCCUUAGGCACACGAGCUAAAUUUGUAGAACAGGCCAAAUCACCACAAAGGAGCUGGGUACUGUGAUGCGCUCGCUGGGCCAGAAUCCCAGCGAAUCUGAGCUGCAGGACAUGAUCAACGAGGUCGACGCUGACAACAACGGCACUAUUGAUUUUCCAGAAUUCCUGACGAUGAUGGCGCGCAAAAUGAAGGACACCGAUUCCGAGGAAGAGAUUCGCGAGGCCUUUAAGGUCUUUGACCGCGAUAACAAUGGAUAUAUCUCCGCGGCUGAACUCCGCCAUGUGAUGACCAGCAUUGGCGAGAAGUUGACUGAUGAUGAAGUCGACGAGAUGAUUAGGGAGGCCGAUCAAGACGGUGAUGGCCGAAUUGACUACAAUGAAUUCGUCCAGUUGAUGAUGCAGAAGUAAAAUCGAGCCGAUGCAUAGUGCCUCGUUUGUGGUGUGGUAGUAUCGUUGGUUUUCUCAUGUUCGGAGAGGCCUUUUUUUCGAUUUUUGCGCGUCUGGGGUCUUGAGAGAGUGAGAGAAACUAUGAUUACCGCAAAUCAAACGAUGAAUGAUGAACUUAGCAGUUGGCACACAUCGUUGUAAUCAUCGUGAUUAGCUUUUAAGCCUGAACUCGUCGAGAGCAUUCUAUGCAAUACUCUUUCUAGACUUAUGUCGGCCGCGCUCUGGCACGGGACUGCCGCUAUUACUAGCUGAUGUGGUGUUUUAUAUCACUUGAUUAAAGGCUCAUUCCAAUUGCCUUCGUUCUUGCCUUUUCCUCAAGAGAUAAAGCGAUGUGUUUCUUGCUUCAGAA